ACAAACAAUAAUAUUCCUAUAUAAAAUGUGUAACGUUUGUCCAACUUACAAAUCUUCUUAAUUUCCUCAAAACAUAACCACAACAGAGAGAAAUAGAUAGAGAAAAUGUGUAGAGGCGUGAAUGAAGAAGAGAACAGAAGCGUCCACGGAGGUUGUCGGAGUCUCUGCACGAGACCAAGUGUUCCGGUUAGGUGUGAGCUCUGUGGUGGUGACGCCUCCGUGUUUUGUGAGGCGGACACGGCUUUCCUCUGUAGGAAAUGCGACCGGUGGGUUCAUGGAGCUAAUUUUUUAGCUUGGAGACAUGUGAGGCGUGUGCUAUGCACCGCAUGUCAGAAGCUCACACGCCAGUGCCUCGUCGGAGACAACUACCACGUUGUAUUACCCUCGGCGACGGCAGGAGAAGCCGCCGUGGAGGAUAUAACGAUACGGAGUGAACAAGUCUAAUGAUGAUGAGGUUCCGUUUGUGUUUCUCUGAUGUAGUUUUGUUUUUUGGUGUAAGAUAUUAAUUAAUUCCUAGGGUUUUAUGCAUUUUUCUAUUAAGAAAAAAAAACUGGGAAUUUCAUUUA